AUGGUAAGUGACAGAGAAACCGAAUCCGUUGAGUUUGGAUGCCGAACUGUUGUUGAACGCGAACCCGGGACGUGGGGUGGCACACGUAGCGAAGCCAAUAGCGUUGCGCACCGUUCCGCCGCACCUUCUAUGGUAUAUGUCAGCCAAUGCAGUGCCGUAUGCGAUACAAGUCUACUUGGACAAACGUGUUUGUGUCGUCGCAGCAGCACCAACAGCAUGAUGAGAUGUGGAGAAAGCUUGGUAGAGUUGCAGCUGGAGUCUGGUGCUUUUUCAUCUCGGUCGCAAGAGGGAAAUGUGCCGCCAAAUAGUCCGCUCAACCUCCCAGUCGAUUUCUUUUCGCAGCGGGAGGGAAGUUGCUCUCGUGUGCAGUUCACGGAGUCCUCAACGGACGGGCAACUGCCGAUGGAUCUGUCGUGCGUGUCGUGGGGACAUUCGCUCACGACUCCUGUCGGCACGACCAGUCCGGUGGAUUCCGCAGGAGCGGCUGGUAGGGCGUGUGGUAACACAAAUCAAGCCAUGCAACCCAGUGGAGGUGUCAACCGUGCAUCAAAGUCACCAUGCGCAAAAAUACCAGCCGUGACUACAAGGGGGAACUAUCAAUUGACAUCUCGAACAGCCGGCCGCGUGAGCUUGGCAUCACAUCGGAUAAAUAAGAGCAGAUCUGGAGGUGGACCACAUCAUAGCGAGCACAGCGUAAGUUGGUCACCUGCACCGCGCAACCCGACUUGCACUCCUCAAGAAUUUGCAGCCCGCAGUGCAGUUGAUAGCGGGAAUGCAGAUAUACAAAGUGGGCGGUGUGACUCUGAGGGGAUCAGUGGGGAUGAUGCUGUGAGAAGGAGCCUGGCUCCAGGCCGUUAUGAUGAUAGUGGAAUUGCUUCAAGUGCCACAGGGGAAAGCCGGGGCAGUUCCGUUCCGCUUCCGGAAUACGAAAUGCGUGGUGCACCGCACCGUGUCGGUGGAUUUUUUUUGGAAUUGCCGCCAUCCAUACCUCUCAGCCCGGGCAGCAAUGUGCACUCAUCGCGUCGUCCAGCGGUGCUGAAUGAAACAUUAUCAUCCGAGGGAUCCAAACCCAAGGCUGGAUUGUGCCUCCGCCCGCAGUCAAUGUUGAAUGAGACGGUGAGAGUCAACGGGCCAAAGACAAAAGGAAAUGAAAACAUCAACAUCGCGAGUGGGCGGGUGCCGCAACGUGGGACACUUCGCUCCGCAUGA